UACUUUCAUUCACUUCGAUGUUUAUAUGGACGGAAAGUAUAGUAUCCAAUCCCCUCCAUGCUGCUGCUGGCGUUGGCGUUGAAUGGGGCACCUUCUGGCCGCCGGGUGGAUAUUAUCGGCUCCCGCAGGAAUUCCCACGGUGUAUCUUCUAUUGGACCAUCUUGUAGUCUUAUCAGUGGGUGUAUCUCCAAAGUCCAGUCACCCAUCAUCUUCCUUCCCAGGGACCACUGGGCGACGAACGGAUGGGUCGGGAUCUUGGUCUUUGUUCUUUUUUUACCUUUUUAUUUUCUUUUUCGCGCUGUCACCCCAUCUUUCUUCUCCUCAUUUUUGCUUUUUUUAUCCUCUGGCCUUGGCGUUGGCUUUUAUUUUCAUUACUCGAAUCAGCCGGUGUUCAGCCGACUGGUAUAUCGCACAGGGACUCUUGGAAGUUGGGACUUGGAACAUGAUGUUAUGGAGUCCAACGUGGCACGCGCGGGAAACUAACGAUCUGAUGGACCUCUUCUUUUGUAAUCUAGACUCUUGUGUCUCACUCCGUACCUAGUCGGGUGGGCUUUGAUGUGGGACCCGACUCUCUCAAGCCGGAUGCCUUUUGAUGCUGCCACAUGUAAAUACCUACCUACUUAGACAAUAGUAUGAUAUGAACAUACCAAACACCCAAGACAUGAACCUAAGCAAGAAACUAAAAAUCAGUCAACGCCGCCAUAACACCACACAUGCAAA